AGAUGAACUCAUGACAAUUCUUUAUCAUCAUCCCAAGGAAUAAAUACUAUUCCAUCCCAAGUAGAUCAAAGGUGAUUGAUCGCUUCGUACAAAACUCGAGAAACAAUGUCUAGUUUCGAGGGUGUUUUUGUCUCUGAUCAAUGGCUUCAGAGUCAAUUCACUCAAGUCGAGUUACGAGGCCUUAAAUCCAAAUUUUUGACAGCGAAGAAUCAAUCUGGGAAUGUUACAUUGGGAGAUUUGGCGCCAGUGAUGGCUAAGUUGAAGCCGAUUACAGGCAUAUUAACACAGGAUGAGAUCAAAGACUUUCUGGCUGAGUCAUCUUUAGAUUUAAGCCAAGAAGUUGAUUUUGAAUCCUUUCUCAAGGAAUAUUUGAACCUUCAAGCUCGAGCCACAUCGAAAAUGGGUGAUUCCAAAACUUCAUCCUCAUUUCUCAAAGCCACAACAACCACUCUUCGACACACAAUUAGCGCACCUGAGAAAUCAUCUUAUGUUUCCCACAUCAAUAGCUUUCUUGGAGAAGAUCCGUUCUUAAAGAAAUAUCUCCCUAUUGAUCCAUCAACCAAUGCUCUAUUUGACUUGGCAAAAGAUGGUGUUCUUUUAUGUAAGCUCAUUAAUGUGGCUGUCCCCGGUACCAUUGAUGAGCGAGCUAUCAAUACCAAAGGUGUUCUAAAUCCAUGGGAGAGAAAUGAAAAUCAUACUCUCUGCCUCAACUCGGCAAAGGCAAUUGGUUGCACAGUAGUCAACAUUGGUACACAAGACCUAGUUGAAGCCAGACCUCAUCUAGUCCUUGGAUUGAUUUCUCAAAUAAUCAAGAUACAAUUGUUAGCUGACCUUAAUCUUAAGAAGACUCCUCAACUAGUGGAAUUGGUGGAGGAUAGCAAGGAUGUGGAAGAGCUUAUUGGGUUGGCUCCAGAUAAAGUUUUACUGAAAUGGAUGAAUUUUCAUCUAAAGAAAGUUGGAUACAAGAAGCAAGUCACAAAUUUUUCCUCCGAUCUUAAGGAUGGAGAGGCAUAUGCUCAUUUGCUUAAUGCUCUUGCCCCAGAACAUGGAACGAGCAUGACAUUAGAUGUAAAGGAUCCGACUGAAAGAGCGAAAUUGAUUAUCGAGCAAGCUGAGAAACUAGAUUGCAAGAGAUAUGUUACUCCAACAGAUAUUGUUGAAGGAUCACCAAACUUAAAUCUUGCAUUUGUUGCACAGAUAUUUCAACACAGAAAUGGAUUAUCAGUGGACACCAAAAAACUUUCUUUUGCUAAGAUGAUGACAGACGAUGCUCAAACUUCAAAGGAAGAGAGAUGCUUUCGGUUUUGGAUUAACAGUCUUGGAAUUGAUUUCUAUGUCAAUAAUCUUUUUGAAGAUGUCAGGACAGGAUGGGUACUUUUAGAAGUGCUUGAUAAAAUAUCUCCAGGGUCUGUGAAUUGGAAGCAAGCCACAAAACCUCCUAUUAAGAUGCCUUUUAGAAAAGUUGAAAAUUGCAACCAAGUAGUAAGUAUCGGCAAGGAUUUGAACUUCUCACUUGUGAAUGUAGCUGGAAAUGAUAUUGUUCAGGGAAACAAGAAGCUCAUAUUAGCAUUUUUGUGGCAGUUAAUGAGGUUUAGUAUGCUCAAGUUGUUGAAGAACUUGAGAUCUCAUUCACAGGGAAAAGAGAUAACAGAUAGCGACAUAUUAAACUGGGCAAACAACAAAGUGAAGAAAUCAAGUAGGACUUCCCAAAUGGAAAGCUUCAAGGAUAAAAACCUCUCAAAUGGGAUUUUCUUCCUUGAACUAUUGAGUGUUGUGGAGCCAAGGGUGGUAAACUGGAGCCUUGUCACAAAGGGUGAAACUGAUGAAGAUAAGAAGUUAAAUGCAACAUACAUCAUUAGUGUUGCUCGAAAGCUGGGAUGCUCCAUAUUCUUAUUACCAGAGGAUAUAAUGGAGGUAAACCAGAAAAUGAUACUUACUUUAACAGCAAGCAUAAUGUACUGGAGCCUGCAGCAAAAGGGCAGAGACUCAGGGCAGUCAUCCCCGGCCGAUCAGACUGAGACAACAUUCACAGAGGGUGAAACUGAAUCGGUUGCCAGUGAACCAAAUAUUGAUAAUCCAGUUGAGAGUGAUAAGGAAAUGAUUCUGAUAAGGAUUAAACAUACUUUGUAAUUUCAAAAACAUUAUUAUAUGUUACUUUCAAUAGUGGUUGCACCAAUGUUUUUGUCUACAAUUACCACAAACAAACUUGUAUGGGAAAUGCCCUACAGCAAGAAAAAUUAUAGAUGUAUUUCAUAAAACCAGAGUUAUUUUUCUUAGCUAGAUUUCAUCCUUGAG